AUGUCGCAGUCCAACCUCAACCCUGGCAACCUCUCCUUGAUGGAGAAGUCCAUGAUGAUUGAUGGCUUCGCCUUCACAAUCCAUCUCGAGACUAAGCACAAGAACUUGGCCAAGCAUCUCAUUGAUACCGGACAUCGGGUUGUGUUCCGAUUCGUCUUCCUCGACCCCGACCAUCGCCCGUUCCACACCAGGAAGGAGAAGUUUGCUGCCAGACUUACCAGCAUCAUCCGAGCGGCUCUGACAAACAUCCACGCAUACGGUCUGGAGCCCAAGGACGUGGAGAAGCCCCGAUUCUGGCCCAUGGCUCGAGAGCUGCUGGCAAAUGACUCGAUCUUUGCGUCUGCCACCAAUGAAGAGACUCGGGACACCAAGGGCUUUGUGGCCAGUCCCGUUGGCACCAACUAUGUCUUUUGGGAUCUCCAUCUUGCCAUAGCUGACUGGAGUGCCGUCACGGGCGGCGAUUUCCGCGCCACGGUCGACAACAGAGGCUUCGAGAUUCUCGAGGAGCGCGAGCACAAGGCCGCUGCCGCCCAAUACUAUGCUCAGCUAGAGGGCGACAAGAAGUUCAAGGACGCUUCUCUUGCCAAGUGGAGCUCCGGCUGGGACAUGUGCAUGCAGAUGAUGAUGAGCCGAUCUGAGAAUGUCUUGCAGCAGGAGCGGGAGAUGAUGCGUCGCUCCGCCAUGGACAACAUUGGCCGUGACCGUCAGAUCAGAGACAUGGAGAGAGAGAUCAAUGAGCUCAAGGCCCGUCUUUUCAAGUACGAGGCGAUUUCAGCGAAUGAGGACGCCGGUGCUGCUGUUCUCGACGAUGAGAGCCUCGCCAAGGAUACGGCGGUCACCGUCGUUAAGGGACAGCCCCAGACCGGUGAGGGCCACACCGACGAUGAUGAUGUCACCAUCAAGACCGAGAGCACUGCAUACCACCACAGUGUUGCCCAGAAGAGCCCCGAAAUGAAGGACACCGACAAGGACACCGACGAGGAUACCGACAAGGACGAGUCCAACAACUCCAAGUCGGUUCGAGACGAGACUGAGGUUAUCGACCUGACUGAUGAUUGA